AUGGAACUUAGUGAUGUUACCGAUACCGAUUUAAUAUCGAAUCCAAGUAAAUAUUAUAAAGAUGUGGAAUGGAAAACUUUAAUAAAAGAAAAAUUUACUAUCACGAUAACAAUAAUAUUAUCUCCAAAACAAAUUUCUUCUAUUGAUAAUGUAUUGUCAUCUCCUAAUGAAUUCCUUUAUAAUUAUGCUCAAGGAAAAUUUAAGAAAAUAGUUAAAAUAAUCGCAAGAGUUGAGGAUAAUAAUAAUGAUAAUAAUAACGAAAUAUCUACAUCAAUAUCAAUGAUAUCACUUCUCAAUACGACUCAUCAAUGGUUUAAAGCUGAAGAUAGUAUGGGAUGUAGUGAAACUACUAGGGAAAUAAGUUUUUGUCAUGCUAUAUUACAAGAAAACGGCGAACCAUUUAUUUUAUGCUGGCGCUCUUUACGAACCGAUGAUGGUGGUACGAUAUGUGUGAUCGAUCGUGAACCUAGGGAUAAUUUUUCAAAAAAGGAUCGUGGAAGUUUAAAAGAAUUUGCUAAAGUUGUCAUGAGAGAAUUGGAACUAUGA